CCAUGCUUUGGUUGGUCCAUUGUUAAGACUCGGAGGAGGCAAUAACAGGGCAGACUUGGAAAAAGAGAGACAUGGAGAUAUUUUUCAAAAAUGAGUCAAAUAUUUUUGAGUUCGACGCCUGAAAUUCUUUGAUUUGCCUGUGAGAAAUCCUAGAAAAUUCAAACUCCAGCUUCAAAAACCUUGUCUUUUGAAAACCCAGAUCUUAAUUUCCCGCAAUUUGAUCAAAUUUUUGCCUUUUAGUUUGAUCCAUCUCAUUGUCCCCUGUUUUUUAAGCUCUGUUUUUGUCUCUCUGGCAGCAGCAAAUCAUGUUGUUAGCCUCUGUGUUCAUCCAGAAUCAGGGGUUUCUCCUUGUUGUUUUUAGAAGGUUGUGCAGUUGUGCCUUAUAGAUUUCAGUUGUAAUGUCCCUUAGUGGUUAGAUUGUCCUAAAUUUGGAUUUUGUUUGCAACCUAUAUACAUAUAGCAAAUCGCAAUCCCUCAAUUCCCUCCUAACUUUCUGGGAAAUUUAUCUGAUUCUCUUCUUCUUUUGAAAUUCUACCUACUGAAUUUUUAGCUCCUUCUGUCAUCGUCUCUGAUUCUUUAUCCCCCUUUCUCUGUUCUCUCUGCUCAAAAACCCCUUCAAAUUCUCCAUAAAAUUCCAGCAUGAAGCUUCCAAAAGACAGAAUCCGAUUCAAUGUCGGAGGCAGAAUCUUUGAGACAACCUCCACGACCUUAGCUAAUGCCGGAAGAAACUCUUUUUUCGGUGCAUUUUUUGACGACAAUUGGGCUUUAAAACAAUCCAUCAAUGACCCCAAUCCUGGCAGUGAAUUCUACAUCGAUCGAAACCCAGCUUGUUUCAGUGUCCUCCUCGAUCUUCUUCGCACCGGCGAUCUCCACAUCCCUUCCCACGUCCCAGAAAGACUCCUCUACCGAGAGGCGUCAUUUUACGGCCUCUUGGACCAUGUCAGAUCGGCCAAAUGGGGUCCAUUUGAUGGAAACAGACUCCGGCAUUCUCGAUCUGUCCCCGGACGGGCACCAGGGGAUGGCACAGCAAUUCGUGCUGGGCCAGAUGGUGGGUGCUGUGUGGCUCAUGGAAGUAUGGUGCAUGUUUAUGAUUGGAUGAUGGAAGAGCACCCACCAAUCAAUCUUGAUUACCAGAGAGUGAAUGAUGUUACUUGGGUUGAUUCUGAGAAUGUGAUUCUCAGCGCCUGUGAGAGAUUAGGCCGUGGAGAUGGAGGAAUGGGGCUGUUCAGUAAGAGUACAGGGGAACUGAGGUAUAAGUUUCAGGUCUGCCAUGAGAAUCAAGUGAAAAGCUAUACUGCUGGGGCUUUGAGCACAAGCUCUGAUUAUAGAAUUUUUAGUAGCUGUAGAGGGAGGAGCAAUGAGUAUGGAAUUGGAGUAUGGGAUCAAAUUACUGGUAAACAGAUUGAUUUCUUUUAUGAGAAUUCAGGUUGGUCAUUAGGUGAUGCUGAUAAAUUGCAGUGGUUGAAUGGAAGCAAUUGCUUGUUGGUGGCUACUUUGUUUCCUAGAAAGGACAACUGUUAUAUUAGCUUGUUGGAUUUUAGACAAAAGAGGAUGGUGUGGUCUUGGUCUGAUAUUGGUGCUCCGAUAACUGUGGAUGAGAAAAGGGUUCGUGAUGCAAUUGCUAUGGAGGAUUGUAAUGCUAUUUGUGUGGUGAAUGAGUAUGAGGAUUUAGGGUUUAUGGAUUUGAGGAUGACCGGAGGGAGCGUGAGAUGGAGUUCCAGGAGUCGAUUGAUGAAGGGAAAGAUGCCUGAUGAGCCUUGUUAUCCAAAACUGGCAUUACAUGAAGGGCAGUUGUUUUCAUCAAUGGAUGAUUGUAUCUCUGUGUUCUGUGGUCCUGACUGGGUUUUAACAUCCCGGCUUCGACAGAGUCAUGGAGGUUCAAUUUGUGAUUUCUCAAUUGGUGGGGAUAGACUCUUUGCACUUCACAGUGAGGAAAAUGUGUUUGAUGUAUGGGAGACUCCACCUCCACCAAUAUUAUGAUUCAGAUUACAAGGUGUGCUUGGUUUUUCAGUUAAGGUUUCUUACAUUUUCAUAUAGAUCAUUUUUUCCAUUGUAGUUUUUCAGAAGAUAAGAGAUGAUUCUGGUUAAAAGUUUUAGGUUAGGGGAAUAGAUAUUUGAAGAGUUGUGUGUUUGUGUGUACAUAUUUUAUCUUUUAACUACCAUGUGAUUUAGAGCAAUGAAUCUUCUUGGGGUCUGCCCCAUCCUCACAGAAAUCAGACUGAUUACAUCAAACUAAUGUAAAAGGGAUCUUGAAUUUAUAAAUGGAGAUUGCAGAUGAUUUUUAAUUGGCAA